UCUCUUCUCGCAGUAACUUAGUAGAUUGUUCGUGUCCCCGAAUCAAACAGCUUCCGAAAGGCCCCUUUAAUUGAAUUCCUCCUCCUUUGCUCCAGCUCCCAGGACUAAAUCAAACCGGAACUUAUAAUAUGUCGCACCAACUCCUCGGCCGCGUGUCGGUAGCGCCGGGCAGCACGGUACCAAGAGCGGCAUUCCGGCCUAAUCGGCCGAUGCGCCGGCCUCGUUCUCGUGACAUCGUGGUUGCGUUCCUGGAUGACCACAAAGGCCACAAGGGUGACCACCACACCUACCACAGCCAGGACCCCCUCUCGGUACAUCUCUUUAUGCCCUACAAGCACCUGCCGGCGGACGGUCUGGUAUGCCAACCUGAAGAGGCUGCAUGUGACCCCUCUGAGCGCAAUUGCAAGUCCGUCAUCUACACGUAUGAGGCGAAGUGUUAUGCCUGCUAUGGAACCGGCUUCGUCAAGGGGCAUUCAAACGGACGCCGCGCCAGCCUCAGCAUGUGCAUGGUCUGCCUUGGCCUGGGCUAUGUACGUCACACCACGGCGCGCCUCCCGCCGGACGUCACCGCCAAUGGCUUUGAGACCAUGACGAUAGCCCGCCCGCAGCUGGACGAGGGAUUGAAGGCGCAGAUUGCGGAGAAGAUUGCGCGGCGCCAGGCCGUCGUGGAGGCGCACCGAAAGCUGCAAGCGGAGCAGGAUGCGGAGCAGCAGUAGGGCUGCCAGGGAUGAAGGGAGCAGGGAAGCAGCUGCAGGAUCAUGAGUGCAGGAGCAUGUAGCAGCUGUGGAAGGGCGGCACCGCCCAAGUGCAUGUGGUUCGGGCCCAAGCGCAGUCCUUGUGAUGUAAGGCGGGCACUUUGCAUGUGCAGCAGGCUGGAGUACAGGAUAUCGGCAUGCUGCUCCUGGUUUGCUUGCGACGGGCCCAUACAUUAUGACGGGUAAGCGCGGGGCAUGGCGCAGUCGAGUGCUGGGGACCCAGGGGGGGCCUGGGGCCGGCGUCGUCACGGGCAGUAGGUGGACGAAGCGCUGGGUUGUCUCGUGUCAUGCAGAAGGCCUAACACAGCAUCUUCACGUUGUGAGCACUCGGCAUACUACACAACUAGACCUUAGCGAUUACGUGCGUACACAUUACUACAGACAAGGCAAGGUCGCGUGUGAAAACCAUGCUGUGAGCUUUGGGGUAUGGUGUGGUGUGCAUGUAGAAUAAGAAGAACUCUCGGGUAUUGCGUAGGACAUAGUCCACGUGCCUGCAGAGGUCGGCGGGCUUGAUGCAACACGAUAGCCGUGCUGCGCUCUCGACAAGCACUUGCCGUACUGGCUGCUACGAGACAUUCUUGUGGCCUCGGUGCACCUUCAACGAAUUGGGCUGCUUGCAUGUGCCGUGUGUGCGUCAAAGAUUGGGGACGCAGCAUGUUCGGAUGGAACAUGUCCAGCUGGUGGCUGCAUUGGCCCUAAGUGCUAUUCCACAUACCGUUAGAACUUGCGCUGUGUUGCUGAGUAAUGAGGACCGGUCGAUGGCCGCGCACAUAGGCGCACACAUUCAUGGGCGUGCGUAGGUGUCCUGGCAGGUCAGGCCUUGCUGGCAUCGGCGUGCGUGUGAAGAUGGUAGGUCUGGAGGAAUGCCAACUGAGCACCCGAACAUGUACCGUAGUAAACGUAUUAACUACGGUAUGUCCUUGUUGCACGGCGGCGUUUAUUAAGCUCUGCUCCAUGUAUUGACAGCCUUCUAUGGCACCAUGCGGUUCUUGCACGUGCUUAGCUUGCCAGCCCCCUGUCCCCUUACGACCAUGAUGACCAGGAAUAGCAGUAGCGACAGGAAGGGCGGAUUGGACCAGGCGGUGGCAAGUGGCGCCAGUCGGCGGCGGCCUGACCGAUGCAAGGACGGUGCUUGCCUGCUGCAAGCGACAGCAAGGGAGUCAGGGGUGCGGGGCUUGGGGCUUCAACCUGCCGUGCCCGUUUGUACCUUGAAUGAGCAGUGUUGUUUCCAAGUCAUUGGGGCAUUUGGGUGGGUGUGGAGUGCGAGUGCACCGUUGGACGUUUACAAUGAUACCCUUGCACGCAAUGGGACUAUGGGAGUGCGGACACACCACACGCGCAGCAAACAACCGCCACGACCGUUCGCGUACCAACUCUUGAACCGCCAGUGUUGGCAGUUGACAGGUAUCGGCAUCAAUGAGAGAACAUUGCACGGUCGCAAGACUCGCAACCAGGCUCAACAUUGGCGUAUAGAAUACGUGACGACGCGGAGGGAGGCGGCUAAUAUGGAGUGGUCUCGGCACGUCACACGUGAGCAAUGGAAAGGGAGCAGGGGUGGCUUUACCCCUGGCGUUGCGUGUCAGCGAGUCUGUCGAAACUUCUCCGCGGCUUUGCUCGGCAUCGUGCUAACGUGGCUGACUGGUAAAAUGCGAGGACGGCUUAAGCUUUUGGAGAGGCUCGCCAG